AUGCCUGGUGAAGUGAUCGAUCGCCCAAAUCCCGAACCUGCGCCCUCGAAUGUCCCUGACUAUGUCUCGAAUCUGUUGGUCAAACUCGAUAAGCCCACAUUGGCUGACAAGACCAAUGAGGCUAUUGCAAAGUAUAGACGCGCAGCCAACUAUAUCGCUGCCGCCAUGAUCUUUCUACAGGAUAAUGUGUUUCUUCAGCGAGAUCUCAAAUUCGAAGACAUCAAGCCCCGAUUGCUGGGCCACUGGGGAACAUGUCCUGGGCUGACCUUGGUGUACUCACAUCUGAAUCUCCUCAUCAAGACCCAUGACCUGGAUAUGUUGUACGUUGUUGGACCAGGUCACGGUGCUCCGGCUAUUCUGGCCAAUCUGUGGCUCGAAGGGUCUUUGGCCAGGUUCUACCCUCACUGUUCGCAAGAUGCCCGAGGCCUGCGCAAUCUCAUCUCCAACUUUAGCACGACGGGUGGCUUUCCAAGUCACAUCAAUGCUGAGACACCGGGGGCUAUUCACGAAGGUGGGGAGCUUGGGUAUGCUCUUAGCGUGAGUUUUGGAGCGGUGAUGGACAAUCCAGAUCUGAUCGCCUGUUGCAUCGUGGGUGACGGUGAAUCCGAGACGGGGCCUACUGCAACGGCGUGGCACGGUUACAAGUACAUCGACCCGCGGGAGUCCGGAGCAGUCCUACCGAUUGUGCACGUCAACGGCUUCAAAAUCAGUGAAAGAACCAUCUACGGGCAAGUCCCCUUCUCUUCCUGA